CAGACAUCCACCCACCAGAGCCGGUCGAUCCGUUCGAAACGCUCCGGGAAAGAUUCCACGACUUGGGACUUCUCACAUUCCCACACCGCACUGUGCCACUGCCGCCGGCCCGCCGCACUAGCCGUUGCUUCUCCCUUCCCGUUCCCAAGGAGUUGUCCUCGCCGGCGGAUCCGGGGCGCCGCUGCAAGAGGAGGAAGGAGGAGGAGAGGAUACCAGAAUGGCGUCGCGCUCGGCGUCCAAGGAUAUCAUCACGCUGCGAGGCUCUGCCGCCAUCGUCAGCGAGUUCUUCGGGUACGCGGCGAAUAGCAUCCUCUACAACCGCGCUGUGUACCCGGAGGAGAGCUUCAGCAAGGUGAAGAAGUACGGGCUUACCAUGCUGCUCACGCAGGACGAGGGCGUGAAGAACUUCAUCGCCAGCCUCACCUCCCAGCUCUCAGAAUGGCUGGAGGCCGGGAAGCUGCAGCGUAUCGUGCUGGUCAUAAUGAGCAAAGCCACCAGCGAGGUGCUCGAGCGCUGGAACUUCAACAUCGUCACCGACGCCGAGGUCGUCGAGAAGGGGGCCAUCAAGGAGAAGAGCGACAAGGAGAUCAUGAGGGAGAUCCAGGCCAUCAUGCGCCAGAUCGCGUCUUGCAUCACCUACCUCCCCUGCCUCGACGAGCCAUGCGUGUUCGACGUGCUGGCCUACACGGACACGGACGUCGACGCUCCGGGCACCUGGGUCGAGAGUGACGCCAAGCUCAUCGACAACCCGCAGAUGGUUAAGCUGCACUCCUUCGACACCAAGAUUCAUAAGGUGGACACGCUGGUGUCGUACAAGAAGGACGAGUGGGACGAGGAGGAGUAGAGUUUGCACCAAAAGUUACCCUGCUGCUGCUAGAGCUUGGCGUGAAGGCUGUGUGAAUCGUUCAUUCACGUCUAUCGUGUACUGCACUAAUAGUAUACUGCUACUUUGGGGGGAAGAAAAGUGUGAGACGCUCCUACCAUUUAGAAUUUCGAGAUUGAAAUGCCGGUUUUAAUAUAACAUGAGUCAGCGCCUUUAAGAUCUGGCUGCGAAUGCUACAGU